AUGGCUUUUGAUCCAACUAGUGUCACAUAUCCUACUGGUAACCUUCAGCACAUGUUUGAUCGCCAUAAAGGAGACUGGGGUUUUGCUGGCCGAAAUUGGAACAAUCAGACGAAGGUUGAAUUCCAAGCAGCUAUCGCCCAGUUCAUUGCUGCAGCACCAACAAUUCUUGCUGAUACCUUUUCGGCCUACGCUGGUACCUAUCGUGGACUGGAUGCGUGGUUAGUUGUCGACUCCGCGACCCGUAAAUGUGCGAUCAUCUACCGCCCCGGCUACCAGAUCUGGUCCGGAUGGAUUUUGAGUCUUGCCCAGUUUACAUACGCCACCACCCCGCCCUAUGCCCUUGGCGGAGGGGCUCUCACCGUCUUUGGCGAUAUAUUGGAGAAUAUUAUCAAGACCGAAAGCCACAACGAACUGGACAAGCUCACCAAUAAGUUCCUUGACACUUAUAAGGUUCAUGGAACUGAACGCUACGACGAAGCAUCUGAAAAGAGUUUGAUUGAUUUCUUUGCGGUAUUGGACAACUACAUACCUCCAAAUAUGGUGGCAGUUGUCACUCCUCAAGCCAGCCACAUCCAAUCCCUAGAUGAGGUGAAGAGGAGAGCAAACCAUACCUUGGCUGUGCUUGAGAAAAACGUGUUAUGA